GUUCCGAAUGUCAAUUUGCUCGUGCAGAGGAUGUGUGUGGUUGGUUUGAUGGAGGAAAAAUGUCGUCGUCGUCCACCAAAACAAUUCAGUUGAAUUACGCGAGCGAGAACUGCUGUUGCAUGUUACACAUACGCCUCAUAACUGGUAACAUAUUGUUAGAAUUUUGGAAGUGCGAAACCGAAGGAAGUAAAAAAAACGAAGCAUUUGCUCGGCAAAUUCGAUUUAAUGAUAAUAAAAUUGUGCAAAAUUGGCGGUAACAGCAACAGUGGCAUAGAGCACAGUGGUUAUUUGUGUACAAAACAUUGAAAAAGAACCUGAAUCAUAAAUGAGUCACUUCGUGAACGGUUGUUGUUACUCCGACCAGCGUAACGAUGGGAGUUGCCUGAAUAGAGACGGUUAAAUGCUACACACAAAAAUCGAUAAAAGUAAACACUUUGAAGUGUGUAACUGUAAAUAUAAAGUAGCCGAAAUAGCCGAAUAACAAUAAAAAUAACAGCAACAACGCGUCAAACCGAACCGAACCAACAAUGGAGGAUUUAUUAGCGCAAUUAGUCAAAGAAGCCACGGGACCAAAGUUAAUGAAUUUGAAAAAUGCGUCGCAAAAUGCUUACGAUAAGUUGCAACGGCAGCAUGGUACACAUCGAGACGCAUCGUAUGAACUCCGUACCGUAUGUUUGACAGCCAUACAAAUGGCUUUGGAAACUAAGCGGCCGAAAUUUAUCUCACUGGCUCUCAAUGGAAUGCACCGAGUCAUUAAAGACGAACGAUUUUCGGUUGGCAUCGAGCCAGAAGACGAUUCACUAUGGUUACCCGCACAACUACUGCGAACCACUUCAUCAGUACUGGUACAAGGAUCUUGGGCAACUGAAGAGACUCUUGUUAACAUUUUACGCUUAUUUCUGGCCAUGGCUUGUUCACCUUCGUGCACACUCAACGGUCGACUCUUAAUUGAAAUUCUUUCAAAAUGCGGUGAAUGCUGGGAAAGUGGUUCACGAGCCGUUCGUGCCGCAUCGCUUGCUGCAGCAAGUCAAUGCUUGCGAACGUUCUGUGCGUUUCUAAAAGAUGAAACGGAAGACGUUAUGAAAUCUGCACCAACUGGCUUAAUCACCGUUGCACAAGCAUCAGCUGUAUACAAUGAAGUUAUCCCGGUUAUGCAAUGGCUAUGUAGCCGACUCAUUGAGCCAAAAGUUGGAACGCCGAAGAAAAGUGAUUCAUGUGGAUCGUUGUAUUUAACCGAAUGUGUUCUCACGUUGACAACCGCACUGCCGAAAAAUGUGCAAACGAAUCCACAUUUUACGGCAUUUCUGUGGCAAAAAUUCUGCCCAACAUUGGCUGCAGCACUCGGUUCUCCCGGUCGCGUUAACUUGGAUAAGAAAUUCACGUACAAGGAUGCGCUACAUAUAAUAGAAAAUGAAACGCGUGGUUUCUUUACUGGGCCUGGAUUGGAUCCACCACAAGCCCGAUGCAUUUACUUGACAGCAAUUCAAUUACUUCGUAUUGCUGGUGCACAAAAUUCCCUUCGUCCAAUGCUUGAAGCUUUAUUUCAUCGUAUGCUGCUAUUACCAUUACCACAAAAUCGUUCCGACCCAUUGAAAUGCGUCAAAGAAAUAUUUCGAUCUCCCGCACGUUUGGUCGAUUUAUCAGUGAUUUUGUACAUGGACAAAAACCAUGGCCACAACUGUGGCGAUGACAUGGCUCUGUUUCGACUAAUCAUUGAUGCGAUGGAAGAAUGUGCAUUGUCAGCACAAGCGGGUAACUCAUGUGAAAAUGCACUUCAAGCAAGUGUCGAGUGCAUUGUUGCACUUUUAGAGAGUUUACAGACAUUAUGUUCGGGUAAUAUCGAUGAAAAUGCGAUGUGCGAUCAAACCGUUCAAAGCAUCAACAAUCGUUUCGGUUCAUUGAAAGAUGUCGACUACACGGGGCCACUCACGUAUCAGUAUAUGGCGAGGUUACCAGCACCAUAUCGAGAUGCAGUCGCGGAAUUGCGUGAGAAUGGCUUUGAAACAUCGUCUGGUUCCGAAAGUGAGCUAGAUGGCAAUGACGGUGAAAUCGCGUCCACUGGCUCUGGAGACACGGAAGGCCCCGAAGAAGAGCUACAUUCAUCUAGCGAUGAAAAUUCCUCAAGAAACGAAGGGAAUUGGCCGUAUUCGUAUCUUGAAGCACCACCUCCGAUGGGAUCAAACAGCGAAUUCGAUCGACAACACGCCAGGGAAUUUACCAAAUCGUUAGCAAAUAACUUAGUACCGCGUUUGCUGAAACUUCGAACAACGGUUGAAGUGGACGAGGCAAUUCAAGAUUUUGCCUCGAAUAUUUGCCAAGAAAACAGUUUGAAUUAUUCGGAUUUCGAUUACAAUCUGACCGCUAUAAAUGCAGAUGGCAUUUAUUUGGCGACAUACUCAGCAUUGCUGCUUAGUUUUCAAUUAAUGAAAGCGGGCCAUUAUGAGAAUGCAGAGGAAUUAGUGACAAUUCCACUGACUGAGCAGCAAUUUGUGGCAUCUGUACAAAAUACGGGUGUUUUAGUAUACUUAUCAACCGGUUGGUUAUGUGAAUUGUAUCAGUCGAUAAUUGCGUCGAAUCCAAUGGUGCUAUUGAAAAAAGAGGAAUGUUUCGAGAAUCGGUGCGCGUUAAUUGAAUUGUUACAAGACGCAGCUGGAAUUGGUCAAACGCAAAUGUUAUCCGAGUGGUUGCGUUUGCAUAAUGUUGGCAGUUUGCACAUCGAUUUAUCGGAUCCACGACGAGAUGCGGCGAAUAAAUUGGCACGAAGACUGUUGACUUGUUGCUGGGAAUCAAUGGUAACGGUGUUGAGUGCGGCUUUGGAUGAUUUAAAUACGUCAACCAAAAAUAGACUGGUAGUUAUGUCGCAAAAGACGUUAAAAUUUAAAAAGCCACAAAACAUUGGCGGCGAAGCGUUAUUUGCACUGUCCUUGGAAGGACUGCAUGCAGCCGCUACACUUAGCAACUCAUUAAAUUUGCAACAUUUGGCUGGUAAAAUCUUAUCUCUGCUCGCAACCAAUGUGUGUUCAACAUCUGGCCCACGGAUUACGGCAAGUCAAGCACUGUCAAUGGAUGUCGUUCUCACCGGUGGUUUGGAAUUGGGUUCGUACAGUGGUGAAUGUUGGAUGCCCGUCUUUUCGGUGUGUCGACACGUCACCCAAAUCGAACAUGAUCUAUUUAGCUUACAAAAUACUACACUGAGUCCGUCGAAAAGUAAUGGAAAAAUUGGUGACAAUACAGAAAAAUCGGUGAUAACACAGGCUGGCACCGGAAAUGAUAAACUUAAUCUAUCCUCAUGUCCAAUUGAUGACGAUGAAACGUGCGUUGACGUUUAUAGCUUUUUACAAACACCAUUACAAAGUCCAUCCACAAAUGUAGCAUCUAUUCUGAAGAAUCGUAAUAGUUCGAAUGAAACGUUGCUCAGUCAAGCCGACACAGCAAAAGUGCUUUGCACUCUAUCACAUCAAGCAGAAAAUCUCUUUGCUGACGCAGCGGAUCGUCUCUGUUUACCAGCUUUGCUACAGUUCACCAAGAGCUUGUGCCGGGCAUCACGUGAUCAGCUGUACCGCAGCAACGGUUCGAAAAAAGUGAAUCGCAUGUGGUGGCCGACACGUGCUUGGAAGCAAAAAAAUGAUUCAAUGCCAUUGGCAUUACUAUUGCACCGUGUCGGUGAUGUCACUUUGAGAGUAUUCCGUAGCUCACGACCUCUAUUGCAUAUUCUAAAGGUGUGGGCCAUUACCGGGCCACAUUUAAUGGAUGCCGCGUGUCACAAGGAUCGCUCAAUAUCGAAACGAGCUAUUGAAUAUAUUCAAGAUGUUAUUACAAGUCUUCUUGUCGAACAAACAGAACUACCUCAUUUCCAUUUUAAUGAGGCUCUUCUCAAACCAUUCGAGAAUCUAUUGAGCAUGGAAACUUGUGAUAUUGAUGUUCAAGAUCAGAUUGUGGCAUGUCUGUAUGAAAUAGUUGAAGCACACAGAACGGAGAUACGAAGUGGAUGGCGGCCGUUGUUUGGCACAUUGCGAAACGCACGCAAUCGUCCAUUGAACACAACUAAUAUUAUUGAUAUAUUUAGGGUAUUUUUGGAGAGUGACAAUACGCUUGUUUUUGCAAACGCUGGCUUAGACUGUAUCUUAUGUUUGCUAUCUUAUUUGGAUGCAACAUCAUCAAAUGGCAAUGGAUGUGCCAGUGAUUUCGACACAACAUUUCGUCCAAUCGAAUUUCUGCAUGAAAUUCUAAAAUUCUUGGAGCGUUGCGCUUCAAUUCUAUCGUUUAUGUACAAUAUGCCGAAAUGCCCAAACUUCCAUUCAACGCACAAAAUUAAGGGUAUCGCAUACACGCACACCAUCGAUGCAAACAUACCAAAUUCCAUGGAGAAUUUCACAUAUUUUGGCAACGAUUAUUUACAGUUCGGCAACGAACAGCACAUGAUCUCGUACCGGUCGCUGCACAUUGACAAGGAUUCAAUCACUAAAAUUGAUGAAUUGGAUAAAUCAUCCGGGGUGCUAAAAGUAUGGUUCUUACUAUUGGACGGUUUGACGAAUGCAUUGAUUGUGUGCUCGGUGCAACAUCAAUCGGCCAUUCUGCAAUGUAUCCUAAAGUUAUUUAAAAGUUUACAAAAAACGCCGGGCAUUGAAUUUGCAUUCUAUUGCAUCAAUCAUUUACUCAUACCCAUGAUACAGGAUUGGUUGCGCUAUGUCAAUAAAACAUGCAGCAGUUGGAAUAUGAUUGAGAAAAACUUUAAGCAUUGCUGUGGCAUGACAACCGAUCUGGUGGUGGAUUGUAUUGAACAACAGGCACAAGGUCAUUUCAGCCAAUUGGAGCGUAUCGAUAAGAGUCCGAUAAAAACAAAAGUCACGAGUAUUAAACGGUCGAAUGACAAUCUGAAAUAUCAUCAUCAUCAUCAUCAAAUGAGUUCAGAUGAUAUGAAUAAUAUUUACGGUGAACCGCAGAAUUCGAAAAUGUCGGCCGCUGCAACGUUGACGCUCAAACAAAUACUGCUCGUAUUGAUUGAGUGUUCGGCUCAAAGUCAGGAAUCGGUGGCACGUGUAGGGGUAUCAUGUUUGAAGCAUGUAAUUUUAUCAACUGGUCAUUUGUUCAACGAGACACAAUGGCUUAUCGCAUGCUCGGCCAUUCAUAGAGCAUGCACCGUCACCGUUGCACCAUUACGUCAGCUGUCGUUUGCAUUUCACGAGAAAUCGAACAGUUUCUAUGGGGAUUGUGCAACGGUGAAGGUGGCCGCACGACGUGACAGUACAAUCGAGGAAAUUAUGCGAAUCAAUGCACUGGCACAGAAUGUAUUUCUAAUGGACAAUCAACGUGAUCCACAGAAUAAAACCGCAUAUUCAAAUACCAUUGACGGUAAAAUACCGUCCGAUGAUCGUAGCUAUUCGUUUUUAUUGUAUCCAUUGACAACGAGUUUCGGUCAAAGUGUGGAGAAUUUUGUUAUUCGCAUUCCGUAUCGUAGUUUAGUCAUCGGGCUGUUAGCCAAUCAAAUGCUGUUGCCACUCGUCGCAAAACUUUUGCUUGGAAAUCUCAAAUGUGUGCCAUCCGAAGUGCAUUCGUGCAUUUUUGAAAAUAUCAGCACUAAUAAAUCCGGUACACAGUAUAACGUUGGUUUUCGUUCGCGCGAAAUUUUACUACGAUGCGUUAAGCAAUAUUUAACAAGUUCAUUGGAAUUUGAUUCACGUCCCGGUCUGAAAUUCCUCAUGCAAAAGGUUUCGAAUAUUGAUUUUGCUGCCAAUUUAUACAAGCAAAUGACGUCGUCAUGGAUGAUUUACUUUAUCUCAAUGGUGGAUUCAUAUUUGGUCGAUAUCACCGCAUACAAUCUCAGCGUUGAAGAUUUAAAUUAUAUUUUAAAAUCGUGUUCACGCGUUAACACAUCCACGGUGAAGAAGAAGGAGAAUUUUGUGCGUUAUUUAUUUUCAUUGCAAGACGCUUGGAAUUUGGUGUGUGAUAUCUAUUUGAAUAAUUCAAAUAUUCGAAAUGGUGAUGGUUCCAUAUGGCAGACGACGCAAAAAUCAAUCGAAUCACUGUCAAAUGAUGGUGGAUGUGGCGUUGGUGUGGGUGGUGAUGCCAAUGAAAAUUCAGCAGCUGAUGACAGCAUCAACAUGGAACGAAGCCCAAACGAUGCAAAUGGCGGCACCGAAGAAAAUGAUGAAUUCAAUACCAGUGAAACUGGUUCAACAUCACCGCUCAACCAAAGCAAUCACCGUAACAAUCCAUUCGAUGUGGUACGUUCACCCAGCAUCGAGCUAUCCGAAUCCAAUAAAUCCAUUGCACCUGAGAUCGAACAGCAGCGUGCAUCAAGCAUUUUGAAAGAUUUAAAUUUUAAGCGUGCCGUUUUAUCACAAUUGGUCAUCGCAUCAAUGGAAUUGCUGUCGACAUUACCGAAGAAAAAUGCCGAUGAUUUACGUUUGCUUAUGACACCGACCAUACGCGAAUCAUUUCGUUUGGUUCAAUUACAAGAUAACGAGCUUAAACUGGUGUAAAUGGCAAAGUGAGAGUGCAGCGAAUCCGUGAAUCGUAUGCAUGCCCGCAAAUGCCAUUUGCCAAACUCAGUUCAAUUUAUUCAAUGCACCGCAUGGUUCAUAUUUUUUUUCUGCUUUACAUAUAUAUUGAGAGAAGGCAACAAAGAAUGCAUGAAUAAAAAUAAAACAAUGGUUCAAUCGAAAUGAAUUAAGAUGAGAGAAAAGAGUGAAUUAUUUUUUUUAUGAACAUUUAUAUACACUAAUAAAAAGAAAAACAAGAAUUAUAAUGCAAGUACAAUGGUAAAAUACCAGGGAGGAAUUGGAAAACUACCUUAGCUAUUGGCGAAAAAGAAAAGAGAAGGAAAUUGGUAAAAGAUAUCUAUCAAAUUGAAAAAGUCGUUACUUGUUUCCACUUCAUAUCUGUUAUCGAUCUAUCUAUCUAUAUAUAACCCUUUAACCCUCUCCCAGUCCAUAUAUAUACACACACAUAUACAUAUAUACAAUCACUAAUCACUCUAUUGAAAAUCGCUUCGAAACUCCCUAUCUAUAUAUAUGUUUCCCUUCGAAUCACAUAAACAAACAAACAAAUAUAUAUAUACACAUACGAUGUACCGAAAUAAAUGAGCAAGCUAAGCAAGAACUAUUAGGUGUGUAAUCAAUAAAUAUAUUAGGCGGUAGCAAAAAAAAAAUGCAAAGAAAAAGAAGAAGAAGACAACACUUGUUUUUUAGGUUGCCUAUAUUUAUCAAAAGCAAACAGAACAGAACCGUUCCCUCAGCUCAAUGUACAAUAAGAGACAAAAAAAAAUUAUGUAUACAAAUAUGGAAAUUUAUUUUGUAUUUAUUCUUUAUGAAGAUAAAUAGACGAAAAACCGUGAAAAAAAAGUAGUUGAGUACCGAACGAAUGAACGCCGACAUCGUCGUCGACGAAAACGACGAACGAACGAAUUGUGUAUUUAUGUUCCGUGCGAAAAACAAAAUGAUCUAUGAUUAAAUGAAAGAAGAAGAAGCGAAAGCAGAAAAAUAUAAAAAAAAAUCGUUGUAAAGGCUAAUGCUAUUUAAUUCCUAGAAUAUGUAUCUAAUAAAUUUUGUGUGUGCAACAUCAA